UUCUGCUACUUGUGUGUGCGUGCGUGUGCAAGGAAAAAUCAGAGACACUGACUGCCUGCUCCCUCUCUCUCUUUCUCUCUCUCUCUCUCUCUAGCUCACUAACUCAGUCUCCCUCCCUCUGCAAACAUUGGAUUUAAACCUGCUCAGAAUUCAGCGCAGACGAGAGCGGCGGCAGCAAGCAAAUCAGCUGCUGGUCUACGGCAGCUCCAAGAUGAACCAUCCUGCCUGCUGGAUCGUCUUCACGGCCACAACUGCCCUGCUCUUCAUCCCAGGAGUGCCCGUGCGCAGCGGAGAUGCCACCUUCCCCAAAGCGAUGGACAACGUGACUGUGCGGCAAGGGGAGAGUGCCACGCUCAGGUGUACCGUGGAUGACAGGGUGACGCGGGUAGCCUGGUUGAACCGCAGCACCAUCCUGUAUGCUGGCAAUGACAAGUGGUCUAUAGACAACCGUGUGGUCAUCCUCUCCAACACCAAGACCCAGUACAGCAUCAAGAUACACAAUGUGGACAUAUACGAUGAGGGCCCCUACACCUGCUCCGUGCAGACAGACAAUCACCCCAAGACGUCACGCGUCCACCUCAUCGUGCAAGUCCCCCCCCAGAUCGUCAACAUCUCGUCAGACAUCACAGUGAAUGAAGGCAGCAGUGUGACCCUCAUGUGCUUGGCCUUUGGGAGACCAGAGCCCACUGUCACGUGGCGGCACCUCUCCGGCAAAGGGCAGGGCUUUGUGAGCGAGGAUGAGUACCUGGAGAUCACAGGCAUCACACGGGAGCAGUCUGGGGAGUACGAGUGCAGCGCCGUCAAUGACGUGUCCGUCCCUGAUGUGAGGAAGGUCAAAGUCACCGUCAACUACCCACCCUACAUCUCCAACGCCAAGAACACAGGCGCCUCGGUGGGCCAGAAGGGCAUCCUGCAGUGUGAGGCCUCAGCUGUCCCUGUAGCUGAGUUCCAGUGGUUCAAGGAGGACACAAGGUUAGCAAACGGGCUGGAGGGUGUGCGGAUCGAGAGCAAGGGCCGCCUGUCAACACUGACCUUCUUCAAUGUCUCAGAGAAGGACUAUGGCAACUACACGUGCGUGGCCACAAACAAGCUGGGCAACACCAAUGCCAGCAUCAUCCUGUAUGGGCCCGGAGCAGUGCAUGAUGGUGGCAACGCAGCGUCCCGGGCAGCCGCCAGCCUCUGCCUCUGGGCAGCCCUCCUCACUCUCCUCCUCCUCGACUUUUGAUAAGGGAGUGGAGGGUCCCGGGAAGCCCCACCAAGGGCUCGGCCCACCUCUCCGCCCGGGGACUCCUCUCCGUUGGACGGGCGCUGUGCCGGAGGACAGGCCAAGCGUCCUGGGAUGGCCGCCUUUCCCACCGCCGGGAUCGCUCCGGCCGCCGGUCACGCUGUACAGACCCCACCAUGUGCCACCAGACUCUCACCCGCCAUCGUCACCCCGGGGAUGUGGCGCGGCACGGAUGGGGCUGGGCACGGCCGCCUGGUCUGCCAUGCGGGGAGGGGCACGGAGCCAUCGCCAGGGAUGUCCAUCUCGUCAUCUUGCUAAGCCACCGAUGCCCAAAAAGACCCUGAGGCUGAUGCCUCCUGGCUCUGCCUUCAGCCCUCUCGCUCAUGAAUGUCAGUUCUCACCGCCAAAGCUCCUCCCCAAAUGCCCUGCUGUCACUGGGCCCCCCCCCCCACCCAUGGAUGCUCAAUGGCCCUUUCUGGGGUGGGGGGGUCAUCCGACACAACCACUUAUCCUUCAAGGGUCAUGCACCUCCUGCUACUCCUUCUCCCAGCUAACAUCAUGAGCCCCUCCUAAAACCCUUCAGCUUCCUGAGGGCACAAGGCUGCUCUCCCAGGAAUGGGAGCCCUGGAGACUGCUGCCAUCCUUCAUGGGAACAGGAGUCUUCCCAUCACUCUGGCUCCCUUCGGACUCCCACUUGCUCUGCUGCUGUCCCCCUAACGCCAGGACUCUCUGUCGCUCUGCCAGCACUUACCAGGUUGGGGGGAGUUGUUUCCUCCAGCCUUGUUGUCCAAGCACUUUCCAACCUACGCAUCAAAAGCACAGCUCCACCAACACAAGGCAGAGGCACUGAACCUCACAGCAAAACACCAGCUGAAAAGCCCCUUUUCCUACAGCUCCAAGGUCUGCACCUUGGCCACCUGGCUCCCUGGUCCAUCUCCCAGCAUGGCCUCCUUAUACCAUUCAGCCAAGCAGCUCUGCCUCUCCAUGAGGCAGAAUCCAAUGCAUUUGGACCUGUGGAGGAGUCUCAGGCCCUGUCAAGCUCUGCACUGAUAUGGCAGGGACAAGGAUGGCUGUUAUGCCCCUAGCUCGCUGCUUGCCAGGCAUCCCUGCUGCCACAUGCCUUCACCAACAAAAUGGAUGCAGCCAGGCUCAACCCUCUAUUUCCUUCAGCCACCCUGGGAGCCUCCACCUCUCCCCUGCCACCCACAACAGUGGUGGCCCCCUUCACUGGGUACAUGGUGUCAGCCCCAAGCCUUCUCAAUGUUCUGUCACCACCUGGGAAUACUCUGGGGCCACAGUCUGGGGACAGACCCUCCCAUCCUGCUCCUGAAGAGUCACUUGCAGCACCAGACCCUACACCUGCAACAGGGACAGAAGUCUACAGCACUGCUCUGAGCAAGCACACAAAGCAUCGCUCUGUCCUGACCCAGCACCUCCCCAGCCCUUGUCCCUUCCUUCUCCCUCCAUAAGUGAGAUGGCACCACAACAUUGGUCCUGCAGACAUUGUCUUUCCCACCCAACCUGCCACUGCCAAAACCUCCUUGCCUAGCUGUCCCAUUUUCUGUGCCUGGGAGGAAACUGGGGAAGUGGCCCUCCGUGCACAACAUAGUGGAAGAAAAAACACAACCCCCAGUCCUGAGGCUGUGACAUGCCACCACUCCGUCCUCCUUGUUGCCAUGACCACACCUCAUCCCCUGCUCUCCACAGGCCAGCUGUGACCUGUGGCAUGAGUCUGUCAUUGAAUUUAAAAAAAAAAACAAAAACACAAAAACAAAGCUACAAGAUUCCUCUCAGUGCUCCUGCCCCAUGCACUCUGGACGGUCAACGUGUUCUGCAGCUGACUGGCAAAAUCCACCUGGCCCGACGCGCUGGCUUACCUGGCGGGCAGGAAUCUGACACAGCCCAGAGAGUCCAUGUCCCAUGGUCCCUGCAGUGUUGCUCCACUUCACCACUGGCAUCCCGGAAAGGAAGCACCGGCAGCAAACCACAUCCUACCCCUGGCACUGUCUUCAGCUGGCAUGGUGACAUGCAUGUCCUGCCCCCACGUGCCCACGCCAAAAGUACCCUUGGGCAUGGGAGACGCCUUGCCCCGACACCUUGGCUGGUCCACACCACCCCGGUACCUCCCCAUGCUCCUUCCCAGGCCAGCCCCACAUCACCCUGUCCCUGCGGCAGAACCGCUGAGCCAGCCCCAGGGCUGGAGGUGGUGGCAGAUUGGGGUGCAGAGGCGAUGAGGAGACGCCACGGCACACGCACACACACACGCACUCUCGCUCACUCACUCUCUGAGGCUGGUGGACCCAGGGCCGCCCCUGUCCCAUCCUUCUCCUCCCUGGGGGGGGGGGUUGGGCUCCCUUGUCCUCCUCCACAGCAUUCGACUUUCUCGUGCCAUGUAACGUGCCAUUGUGAGGAACGUGUUGGCUGUCUGAGGCCGGCCCCGGGUAGGGUGAACACCCCCUCAUUCAGAUGCCCUGGGUGGGGGGUGCUGCUGGGUGCCCAGGGCACGGGGAGAGCAGCUCCCAGUGCUCUUCUCCUGCCGACGGCCAGUCUUGAGUUUCCGUCGAUCAUUGUAUUCCAAGGGUGGCUAAACUACCUGAGAUUUGUGCAUGUUACAUUGUAGUUGUAACCUUUUCUAAUUCGGCAAGAAUAAGAGAUGGUUGUGAUUGUGCAGUGUAUCAAUAAAGUUUGACGAACUUUG